CCCAGCUCCCCUGUGAUGCAGCUGUUUGUGCUGGCUGUGGAAAAAAAAAGCCCAGGAUACCCCGACGAUUGCCUUUAAAACGCUAACGGACGAGUAAUCAGCCUGCUGUUUGUUAUUCUGCACGUGUUGGGAUUGCAUAUGAUGAGCGGAGAAAGCUAUGUAGCCAGUGUACUCUGCCGCACACACACACACACACACUGAGAGAGAAUACACCGCCGCUUUGAUUUUCUCUUUCAGAUUUCUUUUUUUCUACGCCGAGGUGAUUUGUCCAAUUGUUUUCUUCCUCUUCAAACGUGAUCCAGUUUUUGCAGAUCUGUUUUGAAGCCAAAUAUCAACUCGCUGAUAUUACAGGAGUGUGCGAGGAGGAGAGGACAGCGUUGGCAUCUAUCCAUGCGCGCUCCACACCGGGCUAUUUAUUAUGGAACUGUGACCCCAGCCGAGGUGCUACACACCACACUUUCUCCAAGUGUUUUCAUACAAGGACGGGGUAUUUCGAGGAUAUCUUUGGUUAAAAUGCUUUGAAUGUCGGAGUAUUUUUGCCGGCUGUCAGUGACGCAACAUCUCAUAUAGACUGCAUGAGAAAUACAUGCGUAGAAGGGCGUGAACUUGCAGACAGUAACCGCCUUCCCAUAAAGAAAGCUUAUCUAUACAGCCAAUUUCCUCUGUUUGCUAUCUCGUACCCUUCAUACAUCUAAACUCAUCCCGGGGACACUAUGGAUCUCAAAGCGGACUCGGAGGACAUGGACUACAAGCAGCCGGCUCCCAUUGAAGUUUUCGCCAGCAGGUCCACGCUGCAUGGCAUCUCGCACAUGUUCACUUAUGAGCGGAUGUGUAUCAAGCGCACCCUGUGGAUUUUGUUCUUCCUGAGCUCCUUGGGUUUGCUGGUGAUGGUGUGUGUGGACCGGGUGCAGUUCUACUUUCAGUACCCGCAUGUCACCAAGCUGGACGAGGUAGCGGCUCCUAUGAUGGUGUUCCCCUCCGUCACCUUCUGCAACCUCAACUCCUUCCGCUUCAGCCGGGUGACGCGCAACGACCUGUACCACGCUGGGGAGCUGCUUGCCUUGCUCAACGGCAGGUAUGAGAUCCGGGACCCACACCUGGUAGAGGAAAAUGUUUUGCAGAUUCUGAAGGAGAGGGCCGAUUUUGACAACUACAAGCCCCGCCCCUUCAACAUGCGUGAAUUCUAUGACCGUACAGGCCACGACAUCAAGGACAUGCUGCUCUCAUGCUUCUACCGGGGUCUGGAGUGCAGUGCUGAAGACUUCAAAGUGAUAUUCACCCGCUAUGGAAAAUGCUACACCUUCAAUUCAGGCCAAGAUGGACGACCCCUCCUGGUGACGAUGAAGGGUGGGAUGGGCAACGGCCUGGAGCUGAUGCUGGAUAUCCAGCAGGAUGAGUACUUGCCUGUAUGGGGAGAGACUGAUGAGACAUCGUUUGAAGCAGGGAUCAAAGUUCAGAUUCACACCCAGGACGAGCCGCCGUUCAUAGACCAGCUGGGCUUUGGAGUGGCGCCGGGGUUUCAGACCUUCGUCUCCUGUCAGGAACAACGGCUGACGUAUCUUCCUCCACCGUGGGGAGACUGCAAGGCCACAGCGAUGGACUCAGACUUUUUCAGCACUUACAGCAUCACAGCGUGUCGGAUUGACUGUGAGACACGAUACCUGGUGGAGAACUGCAACUGCAGGAUGGUCCACAUGCCUGGAGAUGCUCCAUACUGCACCCCGGAGCAGUACAAGGAGUGUGCAGAUCCUGCCUUGGACUUUCUUGUUGAGAGAGACAAUGACUACUGUGUGUGCGAGACACCGUGCAACAUGACGCGCUAUGGGAAAGAGAUGUCCUUUGUCAAAAUUCCCAGCAAAGCGUCAGCCAAAUACCUCGCCAAGAAAUUCAACAAAACAGAGCAGUAUAUAGCUGAUAACAUUCUGGUUCUGGAUAUCUACUUUGAGGCGCUGAACUACGAAACCAUUGAACAAAAGAAAGCCUACGAAUUGGCAGGCCUUCUGGGUGAUAUUGGAGGUCAGAUGGGUCUCUUCAUUGGAGCCAGCAUCCUCACUAUUCUUGAACUCUUUGACUAUCUAUAUGAGGUGAUCAAGUACAAGCUGUGCCGAUGCGUGAAGAAGAAACACAAAAGCCGCAACAACAAUGACCGGGGAGCUGUGCUGAGCCUGGAUGAUGUGAAACGCCAUACUCCUUGCGAGAACCUGCGUACACCAUCGACAUAUCCUGGCAACAUGCUACCUCAUCACCCGGGCCAGGGCAACUUUGAAGACUUCACUUGCUGAGCAGACCCGGGUGGAGCAACAAAGUGCGUGUUAUGCAACCAAAGCCAACCAUACAACAGGAACUAUCCAGCACGGGGAGUGUGAGGAACUGAUACAAAGUCUAACAGAGACACUUUUUACACAGAAAAGGAGUAAAGCGGACAAAUCAGAUACGACACAGAACUGUCACCAGAGGCCAAGUGGAGAGGAUUUCCCAAACAUAUAAAAAAAAAAAUGUCAAUUUUCCGGAGAACAUUUCAUGCAGCAUUCUAAAUCUCUGUGUUUUCCUCUGGAAUACUGCCGCAACUCGUGGAAGAGAAACUUGCCAACACGGACCUCUCUUUCAAAAGACAAAAAAUAAAAAAAGUAAAAAUAAUCAAGGGAACAUGUACAGCUAUCUCACCAUAGACAGCAGAUCAUAAAAGAGCCCUCCAUGCCUUUAAAUAACAAUGCAGCAACAACAACACGAUGGUUUCACACAACAGCGGCCUGUUAGUGGGACAAAUUCUCAUACUGCUUACUCCACUGUACAUGUACCAACAUCUGUAAGUGUUGCAGUGCUCCAUAGAACAACAGCUGGACUCUGUGUAGUUUGUACAAGAAUGUAUCUAUGUUUAUGAUGAGUGUAGGCGGACGUGCAGAGGAAUGUUCGGGCGGCUUG